AUGGGUGCAACUCUAUCAGGACUGGCCAAUAUAUUCAAGCCACUGUUCUUCUGGAACGGAGGGAAAGAGUGUCGUAUUCUAAUGCUGGGAUUAGAUGCUGCAGGGAAAACGACGAUCAUCUACAGAUUGCAACUUGGAGAAGUAAUUCAAACAAUACCCACUAUUGGGUUCAAUGUGGAGAGCAUCGAUUACAAUGGCCUCAAACUCAAUGUUUGGGAUUUGGGUGGACAGACCAGUAUUAGGCCAUAUUGGCGGUGUUAUUACGCCAACACACAGGCGAUUAUAUACGUUGUUGAUUCCACAGAUACCGAACGAUUACCAACAUCACGCUCAGAACUGAUUACAAUGCUUUCAGAGGACGAGCUCAAGGAUGCAAAGUUGCUAGUACUCGCCAAUAAGCAGGACAGCCCGGACGCGUUACCUGCGUCAGAGGUAUCUCUUCAACUUGGUUUGGAUAGCAUGAAAGACCGUACGUGGAGUGUACGUGGAUGUUCUGCUAUAAGUCAGGAUGGAGAGCUCAAUGAGGCAUUGAAUUGGUGUGUUUGUAUGAGGAUAUAUGAGUAUCUCACUGAUUGCAAACGCAGAACGAUUAAGGCUGAAAUGAAAACUUGGAAAUUAGGGGCUGGAUUGGCUGGCCUGAGUGGCGCGUCAGCCUAUACGAUUCUAGCAGGUAGCUAUAAUGCGAGCUUGACGACGUAUACCUUUGAUAGCGAUAAGAGUACUAUUGGAUACGGCAAGAAACAUUCUUUGCCUCAAGGAUUUGCGCCUUCAUGGAUACAAGAAUCACCAGUUAAUGACUCACUCGUUGCCGUGUGCUCAGAAACAUUUCCUGGGAGCGUGGCAUCAACGUUAAUUGAAGACGCUGAAAAUCAUAGCGUUGUGAAUACUCUUCCUUCUGGUGGUGACGGACCUGCUAGUGGUGGUUUUACUGCUGAUGGGAAGUGCUUUGUUGCAGCGAAUUAUGCUAGUGGCAGUAUACAAGCCUACAGCGUUGCAGACGAUGGUAAGAUAUCUAACCUCGGAAAGCCUCAGCAGUUAAGCGGAUCUGGACCAAAUAAAGAGAGACAGACAUCACCACAUCCACACCACGUCGUUGCAUCACCUUUAGAUGACAAGACAGUGUACAUACCUGAUCUCGGCAGUGACAGAAUUCUGCAAUUCGCCAUUAAGAAUGAUAAUCUUGAUAAGGUGGCUGAAUAUGAGACUCCUGCUGGUUCAGGACCACGACACGGAGUUUUCCAUCCAGAGUUACCAAUAUUAUAUGUCAUUACAGAGUUGUCUAAUGAGGUUUUAGUGUUUAAAGUUGAUGACAGCGGUGGGUUGGAACAAAUAUCCAAGAUUGGGAUUGUUCCAGAAAGCAAAAAGAACAAGACAUCAAUGCAGGCAUCUGAGAUUGGUAUAAGCAGUGAUGGAAAGUAUAUAUACGCAGCUAACAGGGACGUGAAGCCUGCAGAUGCCAAGGAUGAAGAUCACCUUGCUAUAAUCACGGUUGGUGAGAAGGGUGAAGAGUUGAGCGUGAAAGGACACGCCAAAGUUGGAGGGAUACAACCAAGGGCAUUUAAGCUAUUUGGAGCUAAGGAGGAGUAUUUGAUAGUUGGGAAUACUUACGAGAAUGAUCCUAAUGUUGGAAUAUUCCAGCGUGAUACACUCACAGGAGAAGUGAAACAAGCAGCGAAACAAGGAGGGCAGUCACCAACGUCGUUCAUUUGGCUGGCUGACUUGUAA